GUCGAGUACAAUCUUAAUGUCUUAGUUGAAUAUUUAUGUCACAGUAUUGAGUUAACAGUUGAUAUUGGUUUGUAUGACAAUGAGCACCAGUUCGUCUAACCUUCUUGAACUUAUGCCAAGAAAACGCCAACGAUCCACUGACAAUUGGGCCACAAGCGUGUUAGAAUGUGGUGUUUGUGGAGAACAGUUUUCCUUGUCUGGGGAGAAAGUUCCAAGAUUAUUGCUGUGUGGUCAUUCAUUCUGUCAUGAUUGCCUUACAAGGUUACCUGUACAGGCUCACACACUGGUGUGUCCAAUGGAUAGACAAAUCACUGAUGUUGGAAGCGGUGGAGUUUGGGGUCUUAAGAAAAACUUUGCACUCAUUGAGUUAAUGGAAAAACUUCAACUUGGUGGGACCAGAAUCAAUUUAUCAAAAAGCGAUACUCCUUCUAAUAGCAAGGUUGAAUCAAGAGAUAAUGAAGAUAAAAAAAUUGUGUGCUGUGAUGAAGAUGAGAAACAUGCAGCCACCUUAUAUUGUUUAGUCUGCUGCACAAACCUGUGUAAUGCAUGUUCUACUUCAACACAUUCUACCAAAACACUUUCAAAGCACAGGCGGAUUAGUCUUGAAGAUAAACCCCAGCAACCUGCCAUGUGUCCACUGCACCAGACACAUGCGUUGGAAUUCGCUUGCUUGGAAGAAGGCUGCCAAUAUAGUCCCGCGAUGUGUUAUCUUUGCAAAGAACACGGGAAACAUAAAGGCCACCAGCAUAAUCUUAUCGAAGUUGUUGCACGAUCUGCGAGGUCAACGGCAGCCGAAGCAUCUGAGCGAGCAAGCGCUUUUCUGGCACAGGUUGUGGAGCAUAUUAUGCGAAGCCAGGCUGCCUUGGAUCGAAUUGAGGGAGGGACAAGGCUUUCUACAAGCCAGAGUGGUGUGGUGGAAAGACAACAGUAUUCUGGAAGUGCUGAGAGCGCACGAACCUGUGUUCGAGAUUAUUUCUGUCGUCUCCGGGAGUCUCUUGCCUCUCAGGAAGAAGUCGCCAUCUCAACAUUGGACACACACGUCCGCAACCGCAUCACGGCACUUCGACGCCUCCACGACGAUGCAACAGCUCUGCGCUCACAAAUUUCUACAGCGCUUUCCCAUUGCAACAAUGUGUCGCACCAGGACGAUUGCAGCAUACUCGCCUCCCGUUCCGAGGUUGAUGCGCUGGAUCACAUGCUGGACCAACAACAACGACAAUUCACUGAACAAACUGUCGCAGCUUCAGAGACACUAGAUCCUUCUAUACCUGUAACGUUUACGAAGGAUAAUCGAAUUCACAUCGGUCGUAAACUGGAGAUUAGAAUAGUGACUUUGGGACUUGAUGGUGCCGGGAAAACCACGCUGCUGUUUAAACUUAAACAAGACGAAUUUAUGCAGCCAAUCCCCACUAUAGGGUUUAACGUGGAGACGGUCGACUACAGGAAUCUACGUUUUACUGUGUGGGACGUAGGCGGUAAGCAUAAACUAAGACCACUGUGGAAGCAUUACUAUCUCAACACACAAGCCGUGCUUUUCGUGGUUGACUCAUGCGACACCCAGCGGUUUGAGGAAGCCCACACUGAGCUAGCGAAGCUGAUGAGUGAGAAAGACUUACGUGAAGCGGCACUGCUGGUGUUGGCAAACAAACAAGACCUUCCAGGAGCUGCAAGCUGUGAUGAGGUUGCUGCUAGGUUAAAUUUACACAAGUUGUGCUGCGGUAGAUCAUGGCGUGCCAUACCUUGCGAUGCGUCCUCGGGUGCUGGGCUCGAGGAAGGUUUGCUCUGGCUUUCACGACAGCUAGUAGCAGCAGGCGUAUUAGAAGUCCCAUGAGGCACUUACUGUUAUUUAAAACCAACUUGUUUCUACUUUCCGCUGUAAUUCGAUUUUACACUGAAAGUGUUAUUUUUUUCGUUUUCCUUUUUUGUUAAGUUUUUACUUCAGCUUAGGUCGUAAAACCAACUGUGUACUGUAAGGUUUGCGUACAUCGUUACCCACCCUUUCGGUCUCCAGUAUUUUAGUAUUUUAGCGCUGCUUGCAGUGUUACCGCAGUUCCAGACCGCUGGUGAAACGAUUUUGAACAAUCUUGGAAAGUUCCAUUAGGCUAUUUGUCAUUUUGCAUUUUUUCUUAUAAAAAGUUUUGAAACAUUCAGUAUGACUAAUUUGUGUCUCACUUCAACGCUUUUGUAAUCUAAAUUUUAAAACCUAACAAACUUCUGACACAUUAUAUUAUGGCCACAUUA